GUCCAAGGACGCUAUCUCAGUCAGCUUCUGGACCUGGACCUGACCGUGCGACUCAGGGGUAUCGACAGAUGGACCGGGACGAACGAAGACGUACUGAAGUCUGACGGCAGCCCGGCGACUUCAUUGACACUAUCGUACGGGUUCCUCUACCAAAGAAGCGGGACUGACGGCGGCGCCAUCUUCCAGCGUCUUAGUCGGGAUCGUCCUGAAGGCUGGACUCGCCUUGGUUGCCAAGAAAAGACACACAUUGGAGCCCUCGGGAGCCAGAAGCUGCAGAGAAAACGAGCGAGCUGCACGUCGUCUGGGACCCCCGCUUGGGAAUUGUCCCAAUCCACGUCGUCCAUGCACCCAUCCCAUCUCCUUCUGCCACCACCCCCAUGCAUAUCCCAUGUCCAACCCCAAGACACACACCACCGCCACGCCUUAAAGGAACCUGGGCUCCCGACCGAACCCAGCUUCCCUUCUGAGCUGCCUGGUGUUCCUCCCAACUCUCGCUCAUCUAUCCAUAUUACUUUGGCUUUUGCAAUCCGCUUUUCCGGGCAAGCAUUACCUAAGGCUGUUUGAUAGUUAUUUGCUUAUAUCCCUCCCCAACCUGCCCUACCUGUGGUACAAUACUCGUCCAACCCUCGCUUCAACUUCCCAACAUCCAUCCGUCCACCUGCCAGAGAGGCACGAGCCAUCUCCCACAACGACCGCUCUUAGUGAAAGUGAACGGACGACUUUUCGCCAAGCCGACACCUUUCCCAUAUCGCCAAGUCAGAGAGUCAUCCGAGCUGGGAUUUGGUCUGUGGUACCGCCCGAGUUUCACCUGUGCGGCCUGAGUAUAGCCCAAACCAGCUGCCCGGGCUCGACUUAUACGAAAUCCUGCCAGCCAUAGGACAACAGUACCCCAGCCGUUGCCUUUAUUAUCAUUUCAUCUCCCACCACACCGAGCCGUAGUGGUUACUGUCUCUUCUCUUCCAACAGAGAUAUUGUCGGUUUACUAGUCUAAGUGUGGUUCAUUAUUGACGGCUCGCACCGUCUCUACUAAACUACCUUAUCAUCGCGGGCCCAACGGUACCAAAGAAAGGACCAAGAUGGCUGUCUUUUCUCUUUUCAAGAAGUCUAGACAACAGGCCAAGGAGCACAAGCAAAAGCAGGCAGAGAAGGCCGCAGAGGCACCGAAACAGCCGUACAAGCACAUUCCUACUCAUGCCGCCAUCGACGCGCUUGCAGGAGCACCAUCAGCAUUCAAGCAUGAGGACCGACCCAGGAUUAUGGAACAGAACCGACGGCGAAGUGCGAUGGCCGCCAGCGGCUUGAGCAGAAUGCCUGGCCCAAGUCUGCCUCGCGUCUCAAGCAGUCUCUCGCACGUCACCUAUCCUUCUGCUCACGCCAGCCCGAUGGGCAAUAUGCCCAGGGCAUACAGCUACAGCGGCGGUCCGCCCCCGAUGCCUUACUGGCAGGAACGCAACACCAACUCCAUCUAUGGAGUCCCCGAUGGCAGCCGCAUCUCACUCAAGGGUUCACUCAAGGGCAAAGAGGUUGAUAGAUCGUAUGCUUCGGGGCGCAACAGUCCGUCAUCUGUCAAAGCCGAAUCUCCCACGGGUAGCUCAAGCCGCUCGACCAGCUCACAGGAGGACCUAGAGAUGAAGCCCGCUCGUCAUGUUUCCAUGCCACCUGCUGCCUCACAGGCACCACGAAACCCGGCCGCUGCUGUUCACACCCACCGUCUUCACCCGAGUUCUCGCCGGGCAUCGGAUGCAUCGGAGCGCGCCGAUGGCUCCCCGAAAGCCGAGCACUCUUCGCCUUCUACAGACCGAAGCAAGCCGCCGCCGUCGAUGCGUGGAUUCAAUGCCAUUCCGGCAAUGACGUCUCUUCCCCCGAUGCAGUUCAACAACUCUCCGGCAACCCAGCAAAACAUGGUUGCCUCGUCAGCCGCCUCGACUGCUAGCGUCCGCUCUUCCUCAGGAUUCUCUUCAUUCAACUUCAAUAUCAACACCGGCGCCCCCUUCUCGGCGCCCAUGUCCGGAAGAUCGUCGGCUGCUACUACACCAGCAGCGUGUGUAACGCCCGAGCCAGUGUACGAGUCCGUCGAAGAAGAGGAAGAAGGCGGUUCCUACACCUACGCCCCGCAACCUGUUGCAGCUGCGCCGUCUGCCUUGAAACAGAAGGAUCGUCGCAGCACCUCGAAGUCCAAGGUCACGCGUUUCACCGAAUUGGAGACCAUCGACUCUCACACGGAGAAGGCAGUCAGCGUAGCCAGCAUCCCCUACGAGAACACUCGCCGCGACACCACACCGCCGCACGUCAUCAACAACGCAGUCGCCGUCGAAAUGGUCAGCGCCGCGCCGUCUGAAGUCGUUUCUAGCAACAAGCCCGGAAAGCGCCUUUCGAAGCAAGCCGGCUCUAAGCUGACUAAGAAGAGCCGUUGGUCAACAAAGAGCUCAUCCGCCGUUGCCGUUUAAACGGUACUAAGACGCCACCAUUUACACCAUACAAACACAUCUUUCCUACGUCAACAUUUGCUCAUGGAUUCGGGUGCCAAACUAUAGCCUCUUUCUAAAACUUGCGCGGGCGUUCGAGGAUAAUGUCUUACUACAAUGACGCCAUGAGACUCGGGGUCUCUUGGCUUUUGACCAUGCAACACUUUGGGAUCGAAAAGAAAAUCGACAGGGUGCACCUUUCAGAGUUGCUGCCGCUGGACUUCAGCAACACUGGAUACUUAACAGGGACUUGAACAUCUUCAGGGUCGGAUCCGGGACGGGUCCAAUUAUUUCUCUACUUAUUUGAUGACCAUAUCAUGACCACAACUUAUACCGAUAACAUAGACACUUUCCUUACCUCUCAUAUUACUACCAUUACUACAACGUUGGCAGAAUAGCGACCAACGAAAUGAAAUACCAAAACCUACAUUUACAAAAUCUCAAUGUGUCUACCUUGUUGUACUUUACAUGACCUGGUGUCGAGCACUAGAUCAACUCAAAGACAAAGAUCCGCAUUCACGUGGGGAAAAGUCUCGAAACGGGAGACCUUCGAUCAUCGAUGAGACGGGAUGGAAAAAAGAAACACAAAAAGAGACAAGAAUAAGCUCAUAAUCUUUCUUUUCCUCACCCCCUUCUAGUUCAAGUGACGUCCCCAGUACAACAUUACAGCGAAGUCUUACAUCAUGUUUAGCGUGUGGGCGAGACAUUGGCACUCUGGGCGUGCUGUGCGUGCCUGGGAAGGCCUGAAAUUCUACCUCGUUGAAUGAGACAAUUUGAAUGUCUCGGGGGCACGGCACGGCAGAGAGAAGGCGAGACACAAGGCUCAGAGACCCGACUCUCCACGCUUGCCAACUUCCUUUGUCUACCGGCAUACGUAGUAGUCAGGCUUGGCCUUCAGGAGGACUUGACGGACAAUCUUCCCCAUCGGUUGCCGGACUUUUGAAAAACCUUGAUUCGUGUGGCGUCAGUUUAGCUAUCCCACGCUCUUCUGUUCCUGGCUAAUAGCUCGAUAAAGCUACAUCCAAAAGCCGUCGUCCGUCGGGACCGGACCAAAAGAGGGAACGGUUUAGUGCAUUUAGUGUGUUUCCCUAGAUGGUAAGGUUAGCACAGCAAACGAGCAGCUGGAACUUGGAAAGCUUUGCCAAUCUAGAUCACGAUGCCGGGUGCGAAUUGCGAUCGUCAGUGCUAUUGAUGAUUCGGCCAAUGCAGAUGGCGAGAAAUAGCCAGAGGUGUCGCUUUCCCGUCCGGACCGGACUGCUUGAUCCGAGCGGCCAGGACCCAGUACCACGGCCCCGCCGAUUGUCAAAGAUGUACGGAUACCACUGUCCGGAUAGUCUCGUGCAAAAAGGAAAGAGAUCGUCAGGGUCCACGCGAGGUUUCGCGUCGAUGAACCAUGACCGGCAGGCAAUGCCCAGGGAUCGUCAGGAACGAAGAGCUUUGGUUUAUGGGUCUGCGCAGUAGUGUAUAUGACGAAGAUGAAGUUGGCACAUCCAGCCGUCCUGCUGAAGUUGUCGAUGCAAUAGGCGACGCCCGCUUCAACCCCCACACGCGUGGAUUUGGACAAUGGCUGUGGAGACUGAUGGCAACGCCAACACACGCGUUAUCGAGUCCUUGCAUAUGCGCCAGAGGCAGCUUGAGCCUUGAAGGUAGGCUUCCCUCCGCAGAUGUGAUGGGUCAGGUUUGGCGAAGCAGGCUGAGUAAGGUGAUGCUUGAAUAGGUGGAUUUUUGUUAUCUUAGGGUCAACGACCAGCCAACUCGUCACUGGAACCAAGGGCGCGGUCCUUGAAGACACGGAAAUGCACGAUGCCGAUAUACUCGUCUGAUGCUCUGUUUCCU